UUCGAUGUCAACCGGUUUAUUGUGUAUCUAAAUAAAAUGCGGUUUAUAGAACUGGUUUAGUUGAAUUGCGUGCUCUGGUUUUUUCAAAAGUAUAGAAUGGCAAGAAGAGUAUAAAAUAUUAUUCGCAAAUAUAACAAUUCAUCGACAACUUCAAGACACGACACCUGUAAAUUUAAAAAGUGUCAUAGCUCGCAUAAACAUUGCGUGUACGUAAAACGCUUAAUUAAUCGAAGUGAACGAUGAAUUUCGAUGAUUAUGAAAACCUCCCGAAUGCGAAAUUGUCAGUAACCAUGUUUGCGGGCGCUUCAGCAGGAAUCAUGGAACAUAUAUCGAUGUACCCUAUUGACACGAUAAAGACGAGAAUGCAAUCACUCUCUCAUGCGAAUGAAACGAUUGGACAUGUUUUCAAAGAAAUGGUUCGUCAGGAGGGAAUAACUCGGCCAUUGAGAGGAAUUGGAGCUGUCGUUUUGGGAGCGGGACCUGCACAUGCUUUCUACUUUAGCACUUAUGAAUUCACAAAAGAGAAACUCACAGAGUUGAAAUUUAAUGAUAACAUUAAUUACAUCCUAAGUGCGACAUCAGCCACGCUGAUACACGACGCCAUUUCAAACCCUACCGAAGUGAUCAAGCAACGACUACAAAUGUAUGAUUCACCUUAUAAAUCAGUCGUGGAAUGUGCAAGAAAAGUUUUCCAACAAGAAGGCAUUUCGGCUUUUUAUCGCUCAUACACGACACAACUUGUAAUGAAUCUGCCUUUCCAAGCCAUUCACUUUACAACAUAUGAAUUCCUUCAAGAGGCAUUAAAUAAGGAACGGAAAUAUUCACCGGGUGUACAUAUGGUAGCUGGUGGUGCAGCUGGAGCAGUUGCUGCUGCUUUUACAACACCGUUAGAUGUAUGUAAGACGUUGCUUAAUACACAAGAAACUGGAAUAGGAUCAACACGAGGUCUAAUCGAUGCUGUGAAGAAAGUUUAUCGUGUUGCUGGUUUUAAAGGAUUCUUUAAGGGACUUCAAGCUCGAGUGCUUUAUCAAAUGCCAGCAACAGCUGUGUGCUGGUCAACAUAUGAGUUCUUCAAAUAUCUUCUAAAUCGUACUGAAAAGAAGCAAAUUGUAACAUCCUUGGCACCUUCUUUAAAUACGCCGGUAUCAUCAUCGUUUGACGACAAUAAAUCUUCAAAGCAACCUUUACACUUUGUUUUACCGAAAGAUUCACCAAAAAUCUUAAACGAUUUGCCCAACACCAGUAUCCAUUCAUCAUCAUCAACCAAUCCACCACCAACAUUACCCUAUCCCCGUGAACUUCCCGCAAUGUCAAAUGGAAUUGUAUAUGCCCAUACAAUGCAUGAGAAUCAUCGUCCCACACAUCUGACUGACUUCAGAUCAAAUUCAUAAUUUGACUUCAAAUCUUUAAUUUUAUUUUAAUUUUUUUCGUUUAAAACUUCACUUAGUCGCUCUUGAGUAGUUGAGCGACGAAGAAUUGUUGAUCAGGUUCUUGUUAUUUGAACUUCUUAAAAGUUUAAUCUUAUAAAUCACGAAAUGAUGAGAAGAAUCAUUAAUUAGUUGCUCGAUAUUUAACUCCAUCUUCACAUCACUGAAUCCAUUCAUUACACAUUCGUGUACAAAGAAUAGAAAUUGAUAGUGAGAAGCGAAAGAAAAAUUUGGGUAAAUUUUCUCAAGUUUUCUAUUCAUUCAGAUUUAAAUUUGUUUUCUUCAAUAUAAAACAAAAAAAAGGUCAAUUAAAUAAUCAAAAAGAAUGAGUAUAGAAAAAAAUCUUAGUCUGCGAACCAAAUGAAGGGGAGCAUUGGUCAAUUCCAUCACAAAAUAAUCAAAUUAAGAAAAUAAUGAGAAUCAAUUGAUGGAGUUUAUUGUGAGUAUAAAUUUGGGAAGUAAUGAAUGUGAUGAAAUUUUUGAAUGAACCCCUAAUCGUGAAGGUUUUCACAUAAAAAUUUUGCGCUUCACUUGAUUUUUAUGUAAUUUAAUUAAAUACCAAUCAAUUUGAAUGCUCACGAACUUCUAUAAAAAACUUUAAAAUAAUAAAUAAAAAAAGUACAAGUUUAAGUGAAGAAUGUACGAUAGCACUGGUUCCUUUCGCCAGAAAUCCUUCUUAAUAUUCUUAUAAGUUCCUUUUCACUGAAUACAACAUAAAUUUAUUCUUUUGAAGCAAGCAAUCACUUGAGGGUAAUGAUUAAAAAGAAAAGAAAAGAAAAAUCACUACUCGAUUGAUAAGCUUGACUCGAUAAAGUCACAUAAGUAACAAAACAUUUAAGAAACGUGAUUAAAGUAAAUUUAAACGACUUUGAUUGAUGAAAACUUGAAGAAGGAAAAUAAAAACACAAUAAUUAUAAUCUGAAAAAUAAGAUCGCACGUAUUGAAUGACGAUAAAAAGUGAAAAGAUUAAUCCAGCAGAUACUUUGUUGCGAGAGCUUCAGAAAUGAACGGAAAUCAAUUUGUCAUCAAUCGCUUUUUUAUGCAUUUCACCUUCAGUGCAAAGGUACAUGUGUAAAUACUUAAUAAGAUUUUAUUGAAUGAAACAUUUUACAGAUUCAAAAAUUAUCUUUAAUACUAAAUAGUCUGCAUGAAAAAAGGAGAAUAUCCACGUUAGAAUAUUAUGUUAUCAAUGCUAUUAUAAUUUUUUCUUUCUUGAAGAACGAGAAGAAAAAAAGAGGCAAAAAUAAAUCGAAAGAAAACAUUUUAUUGAAAAUAAAAAUCAAA